UUUCUCCCUUUCCUUGACAUUUGCCAAUGAGAGUUUACUUUCAAGCACGAUAAAUAAUCUGAGCUCUAGAGGUGUACAGUUCGAGCUCUUACACAUAGCUCCCGUCAGAACUGGCUCAGGCCAGUGAGGUAUUGUGUCCAGCUUCUUGCCAGACAUUCAAAAAGGUCCCCUGGUGGUCCCCCCACUGCAAGAUGACCUCACGCAUCGAGAAGACUAUUGCUCGCCAGCAAGAGAAAAUCGCGUCUGGUGCCUACUAUGAAGCUCAUCAACAACUACGAGUCAUCGCCGCCCGGUAUAUCAAACAAGCCAACUACGAUGUGGCAGCAGAGCUUUUAGCUAGUGGUGCUGCUGCUCUUUUGCAAGCUGGCUCCCAGCAGGGUGCUUCAGCUAGCGGUGGAGACCUGGCUGUUAUGCUGGUCGUCGAGGUAUACAUUAAGGCGGGCUGGGGGAUUACCGGAGGCGAUGACGACACUGAGGGACGGGCUCGCAAGAAGCGGUUGAUCGAGCUCCUGCACGCAUUUCCACCCGAGGAACCUACACGGAAACGGUUUAUUCAAGAGAUGAUUGGAUGGAGUGGUCGUUUUGGGCCCUUGGAGAGAGGAGACCCCGAAUUGCAUCAUGCUGCUGGAUCGGUGUACGCCGAGGACAAUGAGCCAUAUGUUGCCGAAAAGCAUCUUAUUUUCGGUACCUCCGAGUCGGCUGAGACCCUAGCGAAACUUGAAUACGAGUGGUAUACUCACGAUGAACCGCAUACAGCGGCAAUCUAUGCAUCUCGUGCCGUGUUCCCAUACCUCCUCAUCGGAAACCUUCGCAACGCCAACAAAGCUUUUCUUAUAUUCACAUCGAAACUUUCUUCUUCGAAUCCAACGCUUGGUGUACAGGAGGUCAGCAGCGCUAGCUCUGAUAUGCGGGUUUUCCCCGCGCUGCCUUUGCUCAAUUUUAUAAGCAUGCUCCUCCUCACGAUCCAGCGCGGUAGUUCGGACCUUUUCAAGCAGUUGACUGCUCAUUAUGCAUCCCACAUCAGAGAGGUUGGCAUCUGGGACGAUGCCCUGGCUCAGCUGGGCGAGCAAUAUUUCGCGAUCAAGGUUCCCAGGCAAAGCAAUCCCCUACUAGACAUGAUGGGAAGCAUGCUCUUUGGGGGUGGUCAAGACGCUGGAUCCCGGACGGCGCCUCAAGGAAGACUGGGUUCGAAAAGGGUCGAGGCGCCCCCAGCAAGUAUGGAGCUUGAUUAAAUGAGGCUGUAGGGAUAUUCCGCAAUGUAAACAAAUGCAGUUCGCACGUAUCAUCAACC